UACAUAUACAUGAUGUACGCAAUGGCUGUAUUUCCGCCGAAAGUUUUAAUUCUGUGUCUGAUGUCAGUGCUGUGUUACACUGACUUUGUUGAAGGCAUAUCUGAAGAUAGAGGCAACUUCAUUCUAAAUUCAGCCAGUUUCUCCACUUCGGAAGACGCCAAGACAUCCUCCUUCGACUUGGACUUCUUGAGAAACUGCAUUCGGAAGAAGGAGACGGUUGUGUUGUGUACGCGGCGUCACCUGCGACACGUCCCGCGAGGGUUACCGGCCAGCACUACCCAUCUGAACCUCACGGGAAACCUGUUUAAAACCUUAGGCCCCAACACGUUUCCUCGCCUUCACAACUUGAAACACUUAGAUAUGAGCAGGAAUCGCAUCACCACCAUCGAGGGAGGAAGUUUCAAGAACACCUACAACCUGACAUCCCUCUAUCUCAAUCAUAACAACAUCUCUGUCAUCCAGUUUGGUGCAUUUGAUGACCUUGUGUCGUUAGAGGUGCUAGGGCUAGCGUACACUCGCCUUUCAAAUCUCAACAGCGUGGAUUUCCUCACUCCUAAUUUAAAAUCACUCUACUUCAUCUCUUUCGCAGGAAACCGAGUCAGUCAGUGCAAACUGGGUAAAGAGUUCAGAAAUCUCGAAAAUUUGACGUCCUUAGACCUGGCUAACAACGUCAUUUCCGACCUUGAACACGACUGCUUUGCCCCACUGAACGAAUCACAUGUUGAAAAACUAGACCUGUCCUUCAACAACAUCCGAGUUAUCAGUCAUCCAGCUUUCUGGCCAUUCCGUAACUUGUCUUACGUGUUUCUUGGUGGAAACAAAUUUGACCUGAAACAACUAAACACCACAUUUGAUAAUCUAAACAGCAUCGAUACUGUGUCCUUGCACCUUUCCUUCUAUAACAGUACAUUUCUGGCUGGAGUCAAGAUUCCUUUAAACACCACAUUUCAUCGUUUGGCAGCGCUGCCAAUCACUCAUCUAGAUCUGUCGUAUGUAGGCCUGCGAGGGUUACCAGAAACUGGCUUGUUUUCCUUCUUACCUCAGCUAGAAACCCUUCUCUUGGUAGGUAAUAAUAUAACCCAGUUACCACCAAAGGCAUUCGGUGGCUUAGGUAGCUUGAAGACGCUGGAUAUGCGCAAGAACAAUUAUUUCCCAAACGUAAAGAAAGGUUCGUUUGUGUCCCUCGAGAAUCUGACAUCCCUCUCGCUCACUCUUGCUAAAGGUCGCUCAGACAUACACGGCAGUGUCUUCUCCAACCUUCCCAAACUUCGGUCUUUAACCAUUUCAGGCCCUAGAGACUUGUUCGCUAUAGGAAGAUUCACCUUAUACAGUCUACGAGGUCUGUCGUAUCUGGAAAAUCUAACGAUUGAAUGGCAUGAUCUUCCAGGUGUUCCAAGCCCUGCUCUGAAACUGGUUAAUGGAACCCUCCAAAAACUAAGCUUUCUCCAUGGACACAUUUCGGCACUGGUACCAAGGGCAUUUCGCGGGUUCACACAACUCGACACUCUUGACAUCAGAUAUAACAAGCUGCCCUCCCUCCCCGAAUAUGCAUUUGAUGGGCUUGUUAACCUGACCAACCUAAAACUCUCUCACAACUUUAUCAAGUCAAUUGACAAAACAGCAUUUCUCGGUCUUUUAAAAUUGGAGAUAUUAUACCUAGAAAGUAACCAUCUCUGUUUCAAAGCCAGCUCUUACUUCCCUCCGCCAUUCACUGGCUUGUCAGCCUUGAUUUCUUUACAUCUUGAAAACCAAGACUCGCGUUGCUAUUUUGGAGGCAUUGAGUCUUUUCCCCCUGAUUUCUUUGCAGGACUCUUCUCGUUGAAGAGGCUUCAUCUGAGCCGCAAUAAACUUGGGAAUAUGUUGGCUCGUGAGGAAACUAGCCGUCCGUUUGCAAACCUUACGACCCUAGAGGUUCUCGAUUUAUCAUAUAACAACUUUGAUACAAUGACAUCCUUGCCGUUCGAAAACCUCACAAAUCUGACAAGUCUGUACCUCUCUGUCAACCGGAUUCCAAGUAUCCCAGACGAUCUAUUCAAAGCGGUGCCCAACCUGCGAAAGUUGAUGCUAAAUUCGAACCGUAGGUUAGGAAAAUUGCCAAAAGAAGGGCUAAGUUUCUUGAAUAAUCUUGAGCGGUUGAACUUGGAAGAUAUCCCCUUGCAAUGCACGUGUGAAGAAGAGUGGUUUUACGAUUGGGUAGUGAGUAAUCAGACCAAGACGUUAUUUUAUAACUUGUCAAACUACGGUUGUGUGUCUCCUGAACGUCUUGUACAUAAGACUAUAUUAGACUUUGAUGCUGAAGCUCAGGGGUGCCACGAUAAGACAGGGCUACACCUGGCAAUAUUCGGCUCUCUUGCCUUGGUAAUCUUCCUCGUUAGUGCUGGUAUUGGUUAUCGCAACCGCUGGUACAUCAAAUACGGCUGCCUUGUGGCCAAGGCUCGCUUCCAUGGCUACCAGACUAUUCCAGAAAAGAAGUUCGACGCCUUCGUGUCCUACAACCACAAUGACCGCGCUUGGGUGAUGGACGAGUUGGUACCCCACCUGGAAGAUCGGGAAGAGUUCCGACUCUGCCUGGACUAUCGUGACUUUGUUCCCGGCGCGCCGAUCACGGACAACAUCGUGAACGCCAUCUACGACAGUCGUAAGACCGUCUGUUUGGUGACAGAAGAGUUCCUGAAGAGUGAGUGGUGUGAGAUGGAGGUACAGAUGGCGACGUACCGGCUGUUCGAUGAGCAGGUAGACGUGUUGAUCUUGGUGUUCCUGGAGGACAUCCCUGACCGCGCCCUGCACCGCUACCACCGUCUGCGCCGCCUCAUGUGCAAGAGGACCUACCUGGAGUGGCCCAAAGAUCCUCAGGGGAAGGCGCUAUUCUGGGAACGUCUCAAGGAGGCACUGAAGACCGGGGACAGGCCACCCAUUGAGAACAUCAUUUGAACAUUUAAAUAGACUGACGCAAAAAUCCCGCAUACUUUGUCAAAACUCAGAAAUGCAAAAUAUUUUCAAUUUGUUCUCACUACUCAAACCAGCAAUUGCCAUGAUCUCAUUGGUCGAGCCUAUCGAGAAUAACAUGACGACUGGCUGACUAAACUAGAACGUAUUGGUUUAAGACUGUUUGCACGUACCUGUAAUAUCGAAUGAAGCUGAAUGAUGUUAAAGCCAAUGAUUUUAAAAAUAAGUAACUGAUUUUUAGAUUAAUAUCAGAAUAAUCUCAGUUCACCCAGGUAAAUGACAAUAUAAUACAUGUAAAUUAUUAUUGUGACUAUUUCUUAUUCCAGACAACACAAAAUUAUUACAAAUAUUAUUGAUAAACCAUCACCGUGAAUUGAAAUGGAAGUUUGUUUGGGCUUUGGUUGGUUUAUGACAUACUCAAAUCGUCCUCCUGGUCACUUUUCACUGAGGUCACGAGAGAAGAGGUGAGAGUACUGGUUACAUAAUUGACGUCCUAACAAAUCCAUAAACAUAUAUGCGUGAACGGACUGUUUUAUUAUUGUAACCGUCGUGUUCCUUUACACGUCCUUUCAAUCAAGGGCUAUCUUGCAUACAUAUUAGUUAUGUGCGUUUGUAAAAUAAUUGUGUUGUUCAAACUUUGUCUGAGAAAGAUGCUGAUGAUUUGAUGAGACAUCAGUGGAAAUGAGAUGCGUGAGUCAGUAUUGUAUGGCCACGUGCACCUUCACAUUGAACUUGUUUUAAUCAAGGGCUACCUGAAUAUACAUCCUACUCUGUCUGGCAUAUCUUUUAGUGUUGUGCAGUUGCCAACGCAACACACUUUCAAAUUAUUCAUUUUAAUUUGUCCGAGUAAGUUGCUAAUGAUUUGAUGAAACAUUCGUAAUUGGGAAAGUCAUUUUAGCACCCACGUGCAACUACAGGUGACAGAAAUUCAUUGCUGUCAAUGCAUUGUAUGAAUUGAUGCAUUAUAUCUUCCUGUGUAUGAGUUGGAUGCAAUCACAUCUUGAUUUUGUAUCUCCCUGCGCGGUGGUUUGUUCAUAGUGUUUGCUGGACAAUGAUUUCGUAGUUAGUUCCCCAUGCUGGGUCAAAGGUCCA